AUAGCUUGGAGUCGGCUGCUAAAACGCUACAAUUCCGGUGACGUGUGGUUUAUUGCGCUACGGUGCCGGCUGUGGGCGAAUUUCGUUGAUUUUUAAUUUGCGUGGGGUCAGGUGCUGGUUAGUGUCCAGAGUUGAUCUCGAAAAUAUAUUCGUUACUUAGAUAAUAUCUGUUUCAACAUGCAGAAUCUCGUCAUUUCGUUUGGUUUGAUAGCGCUUUUUCAGCUUGCGUUGGUUUCAUCUUUGAAAUCUGGAGACUGUGAAGUUUGUAUUGGUGUCCUGAACAAGAUUUACAAAGCCAUCCCUGCUGAGGACAGUUCAAAUCAAGAUAAGAUUCUGAAGAGCCUCCAAGAUGUGUGUGCUGAACUCAAAGGAAAGGAGCAUAAAUUUUGUUACUAUGUCGGCGGAGUCGAGGACUCUGCGACGCGUACGCUCAAGGACAUCACCCAGCCGAUGAGCUAUUCCAUGCCAGCAGAGAAGAUCUGCGAGCGCCUGAAGAAGAAGGAUGACCAGAUCUGCGAGCUGCGAUAUGACAAGCAGAUCGACCUGAACAACGUGGACCUGAAGAAGCUGAAGGUCCGUGACCUGAAGAAGAUCCUCGCCGACUGGGACGAGAUCUGCGACGGCUGCCUCGAAAAGACCGACUUCAUCCGACGCAUCGAGGAACUCAAGCCCAAGUUCAUGCGUGAGGAGCUAUAGUGCUGCUGUCACCUAGGUGCUAUCUAUCGACAUCUAUUUAUGUUUUCGCCGCCUGGGCAUAUGGACAGUGGUCAGAGCAGUGUGUGUGUGUGUUCUCCAGUGUGUUGCCGGACGCUCUCAGGCACGCUCGAACGUCCGACCGGUGAGCUGAUAGGCUGCCUCGCCGGGAUAUUACGGGAGCGGAUGCACGGCUGAUGUCUAACCGCUUUUCACAGCGCCGCACCAGUGGAGAGCUGGCGUGACGCAAAAGGAGGCAGUAUUUGUUACGGAGGGGACGGGGAGGGGCCUGCGGCCGAUCUGAUUGGUCGGGUCAUUCCAGGGGGCGGGGCAGCGCCCGACUGCUGUGUGUACGCGGGGGUGUUACUGUAUUGCUGCACGUCCUUAGACAACCGAUGUGACUUGGGAGGGCCCUCAUCGAGUGAAUAAAUUUAAUGUCACCCGCUA